AUGUACCCGCAAACCGAAACGGUCAAACGCUUUCACGCCAAACCUCAAUGGCAACAGAUACUUGCUCUUAGUACUUUUCUGGGUAAGUAAUUAUGAGAAGUCUAAAUCAACAAACAGUUUUAGUUGACGUACAAUCUCAGCAUAGUACUUUACAGUUCUCUACCGCAAAUGGUAUACGUAGAGUUUUUGCACUGAAAGUUCUCUAGUCUGUUGUACUUCGCUUUUAAGACACAAAUUCAAAUGAAUUUUUAAUGACUUCAGACAAGUGACUGGUACUUUCUGGUUGUAUUUGACUCCCUCGUUAUCUAGAACAAGAAUCUGAUUUGUAUGCAAACUUUUCGUUUUACUCAGCGUUGUUUAUACAUGUAACUAUUGAAACAAAAACUGCAAACGAUAUCCAGAGCAACGGGGACGACAUAAGGCGAAUCCUGAGCUCCGAUUGGCUCACCCGAGCGGGUAACGCUUAACCAGUCUUACCCGCUCGGGAUUAUUCGCUUUGUCGGGCUAGAGGAGAUUAUCUUUGGCCAAAUAAGACUGAAAACCUUUAUUGAUAAGGAAAGUUUCAUCAUCCUGUCUUGACCAAGCUUGCUCAGCUCGUUCAAGAUCGAUGGCUGCAUAUCGGCUUUCCUAGUCUUUGUUGCGUAGUUAUGGACCUUGACUUCGUCUCGGUCCAUAAAAGCACAAAGAAAGAACCAUGGCCAAUAUUCUGUCAUCUUGUCCACACGCUUGUUCAAUAAUACGCUUGCUUCCUGAUACGUACCUAUAUGUUGUUAAUUUCCGCUUUGGUUAGGUUUUACCCUUGCGGUGUGGUAUAACUUAUGGAACAGGGAUACUCGCAUCCCGCUCGAUGGAAUCGUGUCUUCUUCGCUUGUUCAUGAACAGAAAGGGGACGGUAAGUAGACAGUCUUUUUAGCAUUUUUGACCCAUCCCUGGAGAGUAAAAUAUAGUCCAAGAUGCGAGAGAACGCAUAGAAUGUACUUUCGGGUAAAACAGUCAUAACUCUCCACCUUUUGUUUGGUCUAAACAGUCAUUUAUUCACAGCUAGAAACUCGAGAUAACCGUACUCAAACUAGAAUUUAAUUUGUAUCUGCGUGGCCUACUUCAAGCUCAAAAACAAAAUAUCGGCCCCAAAUUAGAUGAGAAUGUAAGUCUAGCUUUCUCACACACACACACACACGUACAUUUCAGUGUUUACUUUUCGGCUGUCUUGAGGGAUGUUCUAACCUGUGAGAUAGGCGCAUGGUAAGGUAAGAAAUAUAGGACAAGAGAUGAGCGACGUGUCGGUGUGAGCGAGGAACACGGCCGCCAGGAGAGAGAGAAGACAUUCCCCACUCCCCGUUCGCGUCCCCCCUACUUCACGACUAGCGCUUCUGUUGUUAGUUGCGCCCUUAGCUUUUAAAAACUCUCAAGCGCCUGCUACGUAGGCUCGACAAGCCUUAUGUAGUAGGAAAGGUAUUGUAUUCAGAGGCACAGAAUACUGUCCACCUACCCCUCCCCUAAACCAACAUUUUACCCUAAGCGAGAAGUACGUGUUAUAGUGGGCUUAGGGGAGGGGUAGGUGGGCAGUUUCCCAGAAAGGUAUAGUGAUCCGAAUUUCUUAUCUCUCCUCAGGAAUAUACAUGACAUUAAAACUGAAAUGCUACUACUGUGAUUCCGAAAACUUUGGUGCUGCUUGGGAGUCUCUUAUCAAGGACUUUGCUUGCCAAGACAGUAUCUAUUCAACUUGCUUUGCAAACCAGACCCUCCCCGGCCGACAAACCACAGAGGUCAUAGAUCUUAUAAAAAGCUGUAGGAAGGGAUGCGCAUGCUCAGACGAUGACGGCUGGUGCUUAACAUCGGAUUGCGGGCAGCAGUUAAAGUGUUGCUGGGGAAACGCAUAUUGUGAAGAGGACUAG